GAAGGGGUCUGGAGGAGGGAAAAUUUCCCUUUCUGGUGAAAGGGGACUGGAGCAUUAUGACAGUCAAGUCUUUAAAAGCUUAUGAGUUCCCAGAGUCCUUGCCGAGUAGCCGCUGCCUCCGCUGAUGUUGUCGGAUGUCAAUAAAGAGAGGUUGAAGGCAACACUUCUAAUGGAGCAGGUAACAUCGAAAGGUGCUGGCUUGAACCCCAACGCAAAAGUGUGGCAGGAGGUGCCCCAGGGCGGUGGUGAGGCCGUGCCCCCCACCAAUGGCACAGAGCACACGUGGCAGGAGACGGCAGCGGCCCAGGGGACUCCAGCCGAGGGUAACAUAGAGAUCUCAGAGGACAGCUGCAAGCAGUAUGAAGUGAUGUAUUCCCCGUCCUGUGAAGCCACAAGGAACGGCACAGGAGUUGAUGAGGCGUCAGCAAAUGGAAUUGUCCUGGCGACUGAAGAUCUGGGAUACCAAAUCUAUGAAGUGUCUGGUGACAGCAGCUCCACUGUGUCCACAGAGGACAUUAGAGAGUGUUUGAGAAAACAACUUGAGUUCUGCUUCUCACGAGAGAAUCUUUCAAAGGAUCUCUACUUGAUGUCUCAGAUGGACAGUGAUCAGUUUGUUCCAAUAUGGACAAUUGCCAACAUGGAAGGGAUUAAGAAGCUGACAACAGAUAUGGAUCUUAUUCUUGAAGUUUUGAGAUCGUCUCCUAUGGUACAAGUGGAUGAAAGGGGGGAGAAAGUCAGACCAAACCACAAACGAUGUAUUAUCAUUCUCCGUGAGAUCCCCGAAACAACGCCUAUAGAGGAGGUGAAGGCUCUGUUCAAGAAUGAGAACUGCCCCAAGGUGAUAAGCUGUGAGUUUGCUCACAACAACAACUGGUACGUUACAUUCCAGUCCGACACAGACGCGCAGCAGGCGUUCAAAUACUUAAGGGAAGAAGUGAAAACCUUUCAGGGCAAGCCAGUAAUGGCCAGGAUAAAAGCCAUCAACACGUUUUUUGCUAAGAAUGGUUACCGGGUCAUGGAUUCCAGUGUGUAUCCCCAGCCCGUGCAGACCCAAGCCCAGUUUGCCUCCCCGCUGUUUAUGCAGCCUGUAUAUAGCCCUCAGCAGUACUCCAUUUACAGCAUCGUGCCUCAGACGUGGUCUCCAAAUCCUGCACCUUACUUUGAGACACCACUGGCCCCGUUUCCCAAUGGUGGAUUUGUGAAUGGCUUUAAUACACCGGGAUCAUACAAAACAAAUGCUGCUUCUCUGAGUAUAGGUCGCCCAUUCCACAGGAAUCGGGUGAAGCCGCAUUUCCGCUCGUCCAGCAGCUCGGAGCACCCGGAGGCGCCGCCCGGCGCCGGCGCCCUGCCCAUGGGGGACCUGAGCAGAACCAGCUCGAGGAAUUUUGUCAUGGAGCGGCACAACAGCUCCUUAGCUGGGCACCAAGACCAAGGGUAUUCCCAGAAGGAUUCUCCCACGGCGCCGCUGGAGCAGAAUGGCGAUUACGGCGUCGGCAGGGGCAGGAGGAACGUGUUCAGAGGUCGGAGGAGACGGGAGGACGACCGAGUUUCAAGACCUCAGCCUUCAGCAGAAACAAAGACUCAGACACCAAAGUUUGACUUGCUUGCAUCCAAUUUCCCACCUUUGCCUGGCAGCACAGCAAAAAUUCUGGGAGAGCCCGUGCUGGAGAGCAGGAUGUCGGACAUUGUUAAAGGAGUCAGCAAAGAGAAGGAAAGCAAAGACUCCCAGUCCCCCUGCCCGGCUCCUGCUCCGGACGAGCAAACGCCCAGCGCUGCCCAACCGCCCGUGCCCAGCGUGAGCUCCCCGAGCCAGGCUGAGCCUGUGGUGCUGAGCACGAUUCAGCCAGAGAGCAAAGCUGAAGAAGUGUCUGCUCCAAAGGACGUGGCCAGCCCAGCUUCUCCGCCGGCAUCCGUCAGUCCCGUCAGCGCUGCGAAGCCACCCAGGACAAACACCUCCUCACCUUGUGCUCAAGCAAGUGCAGCUCCUGCUCUGUCGACACAGGAGCCCCGCAAGCUCAGCUACGCCGAAGUUUGCCAGAAGCCCCCGAAGGAGCCGCCUCCAGCCCCCAUCCAGCCUCUGAGGGAGCAACGCACCAACAUCGUUCCCCCUGCCAAAAGUGAAGAGAACGGUACGUCGGAGAAGGCUCCGGAGAGGGCUCCUCACGACAGGGCUGAAGGUCGAAUGAAGGAUUACUCCGGGUUCCGCGGCAGCGGAGCUCCCAGGGGAGCUGCUGGCAAAAUCAGGGAACAGAGGCGCCAGUUUGGACGCAGAUCUUCGCCUCAGGGAGCGCCGCGCCGCGUCGGCAAGGAGCAGUACGUGCCGCCCCGGUCACCAAAGUAACGCUGGGCCAGCCAGUGAUCCUCUGUUUAACUUGAGCUGUGGACUAAAGAGCAGCAGAGACGCUGAGGAGGGAAGGAUUCGGGAAGGGGAGUACUGAACUGGAGCGUGGCUUGUGUGGAGAAGUUGUGGAGGGUCCCAAAAUUCAUCUCUAAAAGUGAUUUCACAAAUGCUGGAGGAUUCCAAUCACUAUAAAUAUAGAGAUUAUAAUUUUUGUAUUUUUGUUGUUAAUUUGCAGAGGGUUUCCCGCUUGAAAUCAGCUUUGGGAUUGUGAAAGUAGCGUUUUGACAAAGCGAAAGAAUACGAGUUGACAAAUUAACCUGUCCCUCGGUGUAGGAGGAAAAGGAUAAGAGAAUAUUAUUUUUGGAAAAUGAGCAUUUCUGUAAAAUUAGAACUUUUUGUAAGCUAUUUAACGUUUGGCUUGUGGGCUGGUGUGUCUGCCGUGGGUGGCCUGGCGUCGCAGGGGCCUCUGCAGCAGCGUGAGCAGAGCGAGUGCAGCCAGGACUGUUGUCAUCCCUUAGUCACUGAUGAUGAAAACUGAAUGUACUACUGUAGUAACCCAUGUGUUUCCAGCUUGAAGUAGAGUCUCUUGACCUGACUAAUAUUUCAUUCAGCAAGCUUUUUAAGGUAUAAGUUUUGCAGGAUACUGGAUUGUAGAUGAGAGUGCGUGGACAGCAGAAAUCGUCUCGUAGACGCAGUGGAAGGAGGCAAAGGGAGCAUGUGAGAGUUUUUAUUGUGCCCUUUCUCCUCGCCUCCUUUUGAGGGCAACUCCUUAGGUUUGGGGUUUUGUUUGUUUGCUUUUUCCCUCUCUUGUUACUUUCUCUAAUUUCUUUAUUACAGACUUUAGUGCAUUUUUCUUGGUGUGUUUUCCUGAGGCAGCCCCAGGGUAGGACGGGCAGGUGACUGCACAGCACCUGGUGUUACCUGCACAGGUAAAGAGCCUGGAAUUCCAGCUGCAGAUGUGGAAUUCUGCCUUGCAGGUGAGAGCUCUGCGCUCUCGCUGUCGUCUCUGGAUGACAGGGCAGCAAACCGGAGCUGUGGCUGGGUUUUCUCUGUGCUGACUCUGGAAUAGGCUGUUGGCUGCUGUAUUGCCAGAAAUCCGGGUUUAGACUCCUGGGAACUCAUUGUUUACAGCUGAUGUCAUAGCAACUGACUUGUUUUUAACUGUUUAAAGCGGAGCUAAAGAUGCAGAGUUAAAGAAACCCCCUCGUGUUCAGAGAAGCUGCUGGAGUGGUGGCUCCUUGCCAGCUGUGUGCUGACUGAAUUUGCAACACUAUCGUGCAGUAAGGGGUUAAGUUUCAGGGUGAUUAAUGACCGAAACAGAAACGUUCAGCGCAUUAAUCUGCCAAAAUCAGCAUACCAGGGUUCAAAGUUCUGUAUAAAGUGUUAGGGAAAAGUAGCUUCCAGCAGUAAGAAUCACAUCUUUUUUUUUUUUUUUUUUUUUUUUUUUUUAGUGAAUAGCAAGUGUACAAAUUUGAAGUUGUAAGUUGUGAACACUGGAAAACUCAAUUGUGAUAUAUUCCGUAACCAUCUUAGUAAUAUAUGCUCGUGUUGCCAUAGAAUGAAUGUAAGUGGCAGUUAAAAUAACUGUGAAAUUUUUCAUCUUCUGAUUUCUUAGCCAGAUAACCCUUGGCGACUUGGGCCUCAGUAGGAUUUCUCUAUCAACUGCUUGGAGAACACUCAUAUCUAUUUUUAUAAAUAUAUAUAUAAAGCCAGAGUUGUCAUUUCUCUAACUUAUUAUUCAGCUUGGCAAUCGCUUUGAGUUGAUUCAUAACACAAGACAAUGUAUUUAUGCAGUUAACUCUUCAUUUCUGCGCAUGUUACAAAGAGAGAGGCAGAGAAUCAUAGGAUGGGCUGAGUUGGAAGGGAGCCGCCGGGAUCGUGGAGUCCAGCCCCCGGCCCUGCACAGACCCCAGCGUCCCGCCCUGUGCCUGAGGGCGCCGUGGAAAUGCUGCGUGGAGUCAGGCGGGCGUGGAGCUGGGAGCGCUUCCCUGGGGAGCCAGUUCAGUGCCCGGCCCCCUCUGGAGAGGGAUCUUUUCCUGAUCUCCCACCCCGAGCUCCCCCAGCUCAGCUUCCUGCAUUUCCUUGGGCCCUGAGGUAUGUAGACAUAUAUAUAUUUAUAUAUCUAUGUAGAUAUCUAUAUAGAUAUCUGUAGGUCUAUAUAGUUAUAUAUAGAUAUAUAUGUAAAGCCCAAAAUCACUAUUCACUUUGAAACCACCUGUACUGGGUUGGGGAGGUUUUUUUUUAAUUUAGUAAAAAAAAAUCGUUGAUCACAUCCGCAGUUUAGGGAUUCUUACAGACCCUUCUCCGUUUAUUUUGAUAACGCUGCUCUCGUUGGAGUGAUAGAGAAGUUUAAAUAUUUAGUGUCAAUGGAACGAAUGAAAAGUUUAAUUCGUUUUAAAGGCUUUAAACAAUUCCUGCAGCCAAACUGGAACAGAGCAAGCCUGUAGGAUGGUUCAUGGGUGUUCAGGGUUUCUGCGCUGUUGAGGAAGCAGUGGGAUGCUGACAGCUCUUGGCUGUUUCUCGGAGGAAUUGUGAGGGAAGGGGCUGGUGCAGGUGUUGCUCAGAAUUCCCUGAUCCAGUGUCAGUGACUUGUGCUGAGAGGACCUGAGUGGUGAAAUGGAACUUUGUCAUUGAUCAGAUUGGGAAAACCCAACCAACAGUGGCUCCAUCUUCCCUGCAGGGUGAUGGGGAAGGGGAGUCCUGUGAGUCCUGGGAGUGUUCCCAGCAGCAGGUCGUGGCCCUUGUGCCCUGGAUGUAGGUCAGGCUGUAACUGUUGGCUCUUCCCAGCAAUAUCCAAACUUCUCUCAGCUUAGGGCACUUGGAAUGAUUUAUUUCACACCUGCGUGCGAGGAUUUCAUGUGAGUGUUUCCCUUCCAGCAUUUCCAGCUGUGGUUUGGGGGUUCUUUCUUUUUUUGUCUUUCUGUUCUUUUCUGUUCAGGGGGAAAUUCCCAGCGGGAGAUGGAGGCUGUGAAGCUGUGGUGGGGUGGGAGUUCUCCUCGGCUGGGACCUGGCAGGGGCUGGCUUUGCCUUUUCCUCCCGGUGUUGGGCUGGGGCAGGACCCUGUGUCUGUCGCCACCAGUUGGGCAGACUGGGGAGACUGGGACAGAGGGGUGGUUUGGAGCCAGACCCACGGCUGGGGCAGCUCCUGGGUUCAUGGAUUUCAGUGUCAGCAGUGCUGGAGCUGUCACUGGGCUCCAGGUGUGCUCCAGUGACCACAGCUGUCCGUGGUUCCCUCUGGGUGAACCCUCACGGGAUACAAACUGUCCUGCUCUGGUGUUAGACCCCAGCAGGUGCAAAUCACACCUGACUUUCAGUUUUAGGAGCUGUGACUUGUUCUCAGAGUUGUUGGCUUCUGUUAGGGACAGGAACACACUUCCCAGUUCAGUUCUUUUCCAAAUUACUGCGUGUGGAAAAGAUUGGGGCACUCUCUCGUGCUUCUGCUGGGGAGUGAAAAGAAGAAAUUCUUUGCAUGUGAUAGUAAAAAGUGCAAAAAGUUUUGUUUCUUUUGAUUUCUAACAUUAAGUUAGUUAUAUAGUAUCUUACAUUCCUGCUCUUGUUGUUUUGUUGUGUUUUGUUGUUUGUUUUUUGGUUUUUUUUUUUUAAUUAGCCUGGCACAGUAUGAUGGUGCAGUUUAGCUGUAGGAAAAAAAAAAAAAUGUAAUCCACUAUUAACCAGAAGAGAAAGAUGAUACUGUGGCAGAUCAGUAGCAAAUAAGUGACUUAAUCAAUGCUUUACUGUAGUUAAAUAGCUAUGGCCUUACUACUUUGUCAAUAUCAGCUUAAUUGUCUUGAAACUGUCUGCGAUUUUUACUGUUCCCAGGUGAGUUUACCUGGGCUGAGAUAUCUGGUAUGUACAGAUGAUACUUUAAAUUUGUAAAAUGCACCAUUGUAUUACAGACGAUGCAACAGAAAUGCACUUCGGGGGGAAAUGGCUUCUGAGUUUUUUUGUAAAUCCUUGAUUACUACAGAUAUGCAAUAGAGUUUUUGUUUCUAAUUUUGAUAUUUCCUUCUGAAACGUAAGAUCGUUGCCAUUAAUCUGAAUGAUUUAUCAUGCUCUUCUUUGCGUGUAUAUAUUCCAUAUAGUCUGAGCUUCCUUUAGGAUGGUACAUAAUUUUGGGUUGUAGUAUUUUGGUUGGCUCUUCUCUUCAGUGCCUUUAGCGCAGGCACUUCAAGAGGUUCAUUGAGUCUGUUUUUAAUGUACAGUUGGGAGGACUUGAAAUGGAGUUAAAGCAACUUAUUUCUGGAAAAAAAAAUCCAUCUGCAAACUAACCUGUAACAACUUUAAAAUUUUAUAUUUAAGAACCAGAUGUUUAUUUUUAUGGAACUUCAGUUGUGGAUACAAUUUCCAAAAAAAAAAAAAUGCAACUUCAAAUGUAAACAGACUGUGCAUAAAUGGGUUUUGUUCUAAUUUUUAUAGAAUACAAAAUAUUCAGAUAAUAUAUUGAGCUCGAGUUACUACAGACAUCUUGUUCCUCCCGGAUGAAUCCAGCUUCCCCUUGGCAUUGAUGAUCUCUCUUCAAAGUGGUAGGAAAGGAGAAAAAAGCGACUUAUCUGGCUUUUAGCCUGUCUGUUCUGGUUUAUUCCUGUUGUCAAAAUGUCCAAAACAAAAUUUGUGUAAAGUAGGUUCAUGCUUUAAGUGUUCAAAUGAUAAUACAUGUAUUUGUAUUUGUUUUUGACAUUGCCAAGGUGCUAUGGGAAAUUGAAAUAACAGUUAGAAAAAUAAAGCUGAUUUAAAAGAGAAAAAA